UACUUUGGAUAGACAUGAGAGGGUGUCUGUGCUGUAGUCUAAUAGCUCAUAGGUUAGCAUUGGUAGUACUGGCGUCACAUACCGGUGCUGUGUAUUAGUGUGUUAGUUGUGUUUGACUUGUUUUGUGAGAGUCAGACAACACACACAACACAUGACAUAAUAAACAGUGUAUUAAUCCAAACAUUGACUGACUUAUGGCCGCAUAGAAAGCAAUUGACUUUUAAUACACUAAACAAUCAAUUAAUGGAUUUGAGAUAAACUGGACGUUGAAGACAAUCAACGAUCACUUAAUACAAGACCACUGGACGCCCACUUCGGGCCAUUGGAUCAGUCAAGAGAUAUUUAGAUGAGGUUUAAUAGGUAUUCAAUAAAAGGUCAUUCAAUUUAAAGUGACUGUGAAUUGCGUGAAAAAUGGCGACCAAUACCUCUGACAACAAGAGUCCUGUCCUAAGAAUGGGACAGUUAUGGCACACCAUCGAUGACAAUGUGACCGCUGAUGGCGAGGACACUGAAGACGAAGAAGACAUACACAGAGGAAAUACAGAGACAAUGAAAUUACGAAGAGAAGAUAUGUCACUGUUUGGUAUCUGUCCCGCUUGGGAUCAAUUUUAUUUGGUUGUCUGCGAGUUCUGUAAACAAGUUAUCAAACCUCAAGCUCUUCAGAGACACAUUGAACUAAGGCAUUCAUUUUGUAAACAAACAUCCAAUCAGUUGAACAACAAUUCAUUGAAAAUUCAGACAAAUAGUACAAAGAACUCAACAACCACUACAUUGUCAUCAAUUUCAUCAUCUCUGGAGAGGACAGCCAUUGCGGACAUUAAGACACAAGCAUUAGUGAAUGGCAACACUGACAACAAUGACACCAAAAACAGCAUCGAUAUGAUCAACAAUAACAUUAAUAAUGUGAUCAACAAAAGUAAAAAUAGUGACAAAAUUUAUAAUAAGGAUUUAGUGAGAAGUGUUUGUAAAAGUGAUGUUAAAGUGUUGUUAGACUCUAAUGAUAUCAAACGAUUUCUUCUCGACAAUAGUGUGGUCGACAAGAAUUGUGUAAAUAGUAAUGAAGUGAUGAACAAAAGUGUAAACAUUGACUUAAAAAAUAACUCAAAACUAAUUAAUUUAUUGUCGCCAAACAUGAGUACAACUUUGGACACAUUACUUCCCGAACCGACUGGUCCGGGACCGGGAUAUUCUCUUGGAUUUGUUAGUGCCGACAAAAACUCGGUGACUAUUAGUUUACCAGAAAUCAAUAUAAAUAACAAAUAUGAGUCAAUGCCCGAUCUGGAAACAGCAGCUCCUGUGGUAACAGUGGCGCCAAAAAAGAAGUCUUACAAAAAGAACACCAGCCAAAGGAAAUUACUUCCGUGUAAAGACCGAGAGUAUGAUCCAAACAAACACUGUGGUGUCUGUCCUCCAGAAGCCGAAAAACCCUGCACUCGUAGCCUUACCUGUAAGACUCAUUCACUAACUCUUCGGCGAGCAGUUACCGGUCGGAGCAAAAGUUUUGAUAUGUUACUCACCGAACAUCGAGAGGCCAAAGAAGCAGCGCUCAGAGCACAAGGCAUUGACGUAAAGCCCACAAAAAAGUCAGUUCAAAGACAACAACAACUGUUAAAAGUCUCAAAUCAGCUCAAAGACGAUCAGAAUCAGUAUAUUAGUGAUAAAAACAAUUAUCAAUCAACUGGUCGGACGUUUUUAAGUGAUUCUCAAUUAAUUGACACAAACAUAAGUUCUAAUAAAAAUAGUUUGUUAUCACAUCCUACGACAACAUUGGUGUCUUCUAAUAUAAAUUAUUUGAGUCGUAAAUCACAACAYCCGAAGCCAUCAAAAUGUCAUCUACGACUGGAUCAAAUUGAAAUGAAUGGUUUGGACGGCAUUCCCAAAAUGCCAAUUCAUCCGAAACCGGCGGCAGUUUGUAACUACAAUAUUCGUAAAAGUGAUGGCAUAAGACUCAUUAGCCGAAAUUGUGACUUGACUUUAGCUAAUUUGAGGGCAACUUUCAAUACCCCUCUAAUUGUGUCAAAGUUAGUGAACAGACAACAAAAGUGUACAUCAAAUGUGUCUCAAACACCAACCACUCAAAUAUCCGUCAAAAGUCCAGUUCGUACUAAUAAUCAAAGCUUUUCUGCCAAUAAAAAAUUAAGGACUUCUAUCGAUUGUGAACCGAUUCCAGUGAUAAAAGCAGAAUCGCCAUCAGUAGCUACAAUGGCUACCGAGACAGUGACUGGUGAUCCCUAUAGUUUUACCGAUGCUUUUAUUGUCAACAAUAGCAACGGUAAYAGUAAUAGUGCUAACAGUUAUACUUACGUUAAGCCAAAGACAACAAUCACUAAGAAUAGUAAUAACACAUCGAAAAAGUCGAAAAAAUCGAAAACAGAAGUCAAUUGUUUUACACAAAACUCAAGCCUUUUAAGUAAUGGACACCACAUUGUAAUUAAUAAUUAAUAGUUAAUUAAUAUUUGAAUGAUUCCAUAGAUAUCUUGUUAAUUAUUAUAAAUUAUAUGUUUUAAAUUAAUAU